AUGGAAUAUCGCCCGGCGACGCCAGCCGCCCGAAGGUCGCCACUCGUCGUUCACUAUCAUGGUGGUGCAUACAUUUUUGAUGAUCUCAACACGGCGGCAGUCUUUUGCCGCACCAUCGUGCGAGACCACGAUGCCGUCGUCAUUGAUGUCGAUUAUCGAUUGGCACCGGAGCAUCCAUUUUCAGCUGGGAAGAAGGAUGCAUGGGAUGCCCUGGAGUGGGUUGCCAAAAACUACAGCGCCUUGGAGGCGCGCCCUUCCCUGGCGUUCCUCGUAGUGGGUUGCUCAGCGGGCGGCAAUAUCGCUGCUUCCAUGGCUCUUGAAGCGCGGGACCGAAGCCUGCAGCCGUCGUUGACAGGCGCCCAUCUUAAUGUCCCCGAGACCAUCUCGUCGGAGCAGAAAUUACCAGACAAAUACGCACGGCUGUGGCUGAGCCGCGAUCAGAACAAGGAUGCUCCCAUUCUGAACCAGUCUCUGAUAAACUUCAUGACGGAAUGUUACAAGCCCGACUUGAACUCUCAUUACUUUGCGCCUGCUCACCACCCGCACGGUCAUUCUGGCCUUCCCAAGACGUACAUCGAUGGCUAUGGACACACCGUAAUCCCAGACGUGCUUGCUACCGCCGACACACUCUGGUACGCGUGCUCGACGACGACAAAGGCGCAGGUAGCGGCGCUGCUUUCGCAGCUCAUCCACUCCAACAACUACACCGAUGCCUUCUCUCGCGGCUGGGAGACGCCCAUCUCGUCCAUCAUCUGCGACGACUUCGUCUUGCAGGACGAGUGGGCAACCGCGCACGUCACACUCAACGACUCCGUGAGCCACCGCACCGGCCUGGGUCGUCAUAACUGGGGGCUGCUACGCGUUCGCGACGGCGAGCAGCUGCUCCCGUGGGACGUGACGCGCAACCUGCGUAACCUGGCAAUGAUCAAGGAACCCCGUGUGCAGUGGUCCUACUGUAAUUACGUGUACGUCGCGCUGGGCCACGUGCUCGAGACUGUGACUGGCCAGUGGCUUGGCCGGGCGCUGCGCGAGCAUCUCUGGACCCCGCUGGGGAUGGACUCGACGUAUUUCGACGUUGAAGUCGCGCUGGUGGCGCCGCAUCGAUACCUGGCGGCCGAUCGAUACAAUUCCCGAGAUGAGGUGUGGACGAGGGAAAAGGCUGUUGAAAUCCUCUUCCCCAACCGCCCCGAGCCUCCGCUGCCAUCGUCAUUCGGCAUGCACCAGCUGGUCGGCACUUAUACGAAUGCCGGCUGGGGCGAGGUUGCAUUUACUGAGGCGCAGCACGGCUCGGGCACCGGCGGAUCGGUCCUUGUCGGACCGCGACCACACGCGUCGUUUCGACACACAUUUGUGUUGGAGCACAUGACGGGUAACUACUGGUUGUUGACGGCCGUAACCGAUGGGGGCAGCCCGUUUACGAAACGUUUCUUUGCCGCACGGUUCGUUGCAGGAGUUGACAGGGAACCGAUCAGGCUGGAACUGGACACGGCGCAGGGGCCGAGCAACGCUGGUGACGGUGUCAUCGUGUUUGGGGAGUCUAAGUAG